CUCCAACCACUCAAACCACACACAACACUGAUUGAUGGCCGAACAACCAUCCCCAUCCUCCUUGCUCUCCCAUGCCCUUCAUAGCCCCAUCCUAUCUGCCCCCAUAUGCCAUCCUUCCUAUUUAUCCCUCCGCUCCGCACACCUGCUUGACCGACGACAAACUUCACCUUGAUCCUGCCAUGCGCCUGCUGUGAUUGCCCUGUAGGGGUCCAAACCCGCCGAAGCUAUGGAUGACGCGCUACACCAGGGGACUAGCCGCGACGACGAGACGCUUGGAAAUGCCCCCACCGAGGCCUCUGCGGCAAAGAAUGCGGCCAAUGCACGAGCGUCGCGACGGCGGACGAAGACGGGGUGUCUGACUUGCCGACGACGGCGAAUAAAAUGCGGCGAGGAGCGCCCUACCUGCGGCAAUUGCAUCAAGUCGAAGCGCCAAUGCGAGGGGUAUAACCAACGUGUUAUCUUCAAAGAUCCAUUGAACACCUACCGAGGCCCGACCAGCAGCAUUGAGACCCAUUCCGGAUUUGUUGCAAGGCCCAUACGACAGCAGGGCUCGCUGGGCUCUCAUGGUCGACCCGUACAAUCGAAGGAUCCACCAGGAGUGUCACAGCACAACAUCCCGCUCAAGACCAGAGGCUCUUCACAAUCAGAUACCAGCAGACCUGCGACCGUCUUCCAGGGCUUCGUUCACAAUGAUUCCGCUACUUUUCAACCGCAGCAAAGCAUAGUCAAUCCUUUGCGCCGAGAAUCGGACAUCAGCCAUGGAGGGUCAGAAGCAUCCGCGCAAUGGGACAAUCCCGUGGAUAGUGCACUACUCUCCGGUCUAUUGGAUGCCCAAUGGACCACAGCCCCACAGCCACCUCAAUACCACUAUGAGCCUACAUACCAGGAGCCUUACGAAGCUCAAGCGCAGACGACCCAUGAUUCGUAUCUGUACGACACGCCAAUGCAGCAGGCCUGCAAUAUGGGAAACAGAAGCUCUGACCUGAGUAACCUUUUGCCCGGGCCUCAGGGGACACACGUGGACAAUGUCAAUCAUGCAGAAGCUUACCAGCAAGAAUACCAAACUCCGACUCAGCAGGGCACCUGGAGCCAAGUAGCCCGCCGUAUUAUGUCAUCGCCGCCGUACGAGCCAGUCACCAAUGAAUUCUAUGACACGAGGAAUCCAAUCCAUAGAACAGACGAGGAGGACGAAGGCGACGAUGAUAGUGACCCGUUCGACGUUUCUGACGACGAGGACGAAGACGAAGACGCACGCAAUGACGGAGCUUAUGUUGAUCCCAGGUCACGAGAGAUCCAGAGGCUCAGAAGAGACAAUGAGCUUGCGACCGUUGUGGCUAUUCAAGCGGCGCAAACUCGAGAAGAUACACGGAUCCGCACAUAUCACUCUGUGAUAGAGAACUACGGCCCGAAUAUGCUUGCUAGCUAUCAUCCUUCAGCCCGGGACUCGCCGUUGAGCAAUCCUAUUGCGGCGGGGAUAUUUUGCCAUUUUAUCAAUGUCAUUGCGCCGAGUAUGUCUAUGUUUGAACGUCACCCCACGAAUCCAUCUAUUGUGUUUCGAGGGAAUCCAGUACCGAAAUCUCAGCAGCAUAUCUGGUCCUAUACUAUGCCUACCAUCGCGCUUCGGAACCAUGCCCUUUGCCACGCGAUGUUGGCAAUGGCAAGUCUCCAUAUCGCAAAGCUAGAAAACGGACCCAUCACCGUAUCACUAAGACACUACCAUAUUGCGAUCAGGAAGCUGGCAAAGAAUGUAGGCUCCUCCACCAGGCGCAAACAGCUGGCGACUUUGGCCACCACACUACUUCUCGGAUUUUACGAGGUUAUCUCUGCAGACCACAGUAAAUGGUGCGAUCAUCUCCUUGGAGCACAUCAGCUGGUUCAGCAGAUUGAUUUUUCUGGAAUAACUCGAUAUUUGAAGACCAAGAAGGCAUAUAUGGCAAAGUUGCCACCUCCAAAUGUAUAUUAUGGCGGCGACAUGGCUGCUGAUACCCCGAUCAUAUAUGGCGAUGAUAGCAUGGAAGAUCCGAGUCUAUCUAUGAACGAUGAAGUUGACGAAAACCUCGUUGGAAUUAUCAUGGGGAAGCAAAUCAGAUAUGCCGAAUACGGAGAGGUUAUUGAGGAUCCUGAUGGACCGUAUAUGGGGAAUAAAAGGUUUACGCAGCGCGAACUGGAUCUAUUUGAUACCCAGCAAGAUCUUUUUUGGUGGUAUACCAAGCAAGAUGUCUUUCAGAGCAUUCUCAGCCAAAAUAGGCUAUUUUUAAACUACGAGAGAUGGAGUCACUGUCCUCCACGAGCACCCCUCGGUCGCCGUGAUGCUGUAUAUGGUACAUUCGACCAUUUGGUGCUAUUGCUGGGAAGACUGUGCUGUUUUGUCGCUAAAGACGUGAGGCGAAAGAAAAGAGCAAUGGCAGCUAACAGAGGGCAAUGGGGACCGCCUCCGGGCCCACCGGGGGCCCCAAAUUCAGGGCCGGCAAUGCCUCCCAAUCAGCAACCUAAAGGCGGACCGGGAAUGCCGCCACCAGGAAUGUCUGUGCCAGCAAUGCCUUCGUUUUCCGGUAUGCUACCAGGCAUUCGCAAAGCUUCAUUACCCAGAGGAUUCAGCCCAUCAAGUGAAGACUCAUCACCGCCAAAUAGCGAUGAAGGUGACGAACGCCUCAGCGAGCAAACUGCUAAGGCCGAGGAGGAGUGGAACGGGAUACGAAGCGUGUUCAGCAUGUUCGAACAGCAUCUAGGACCGGAUUUUGCACCCCUAGGAUCUGAAUACGCCCAAGAAAUCCUAUCGCCUUUCGGCCCGGCAAUCCAGUAUCGUACUUACGGUAUCGCUUUGAUGUGGCUCACAUACUAUAUGGGCCUCAUCGUCUGCCACAGAUCACAUCCUUCAAUGCCCCCAUCAGCCAUGAUGGCAGCUGGGUUUGCGGCCCAGCAAACGGGACUGUUUGCGAAUACGAUUGGCCGGAUAUCGGCUGGUAUAACGGCCGAUACAUCGUCGGCGACGCGAGUGAAUAUUGGAACCGGUGCAGCCCUCAACGACUCCUGCUUUGCCCUCUUUGUCGCUGGGGUCCAGGUACAAGAUCAAGCCCAGCGAACUUGGCUUGUUAAGCGAAUGCUGGAUAUAGAGCAUCUCACUGGAUUUGAGACAGCUAGCCACAUCGCCAGAGGCUGCGAGACUUCUUGGGCAAGGGCCGCGGCGAUGGGUAAAGGGGCUCCUUAUACUCGGUAUACGGAGCAGGCUCCUGUAGACAAAGUGUGGAGCCGAGCGGGCCAGAGAAUGGAGCGGAUGAGGAUCACUGCUGGAGAAGAGCAGCACGUCCAUUCUCAGAGCACGGAGAAGGUGGGGAGAGUCCAGUUUGCGGUUGGUAUACUUGGAGUUACGAACCACUUUGGGGAGCUGGAUUUAGAAAGUGAUGAUGAGGAAGAUCGAUGAAUGCAUGGCUUGGGAGUAUGGAUAAAGGGGGCACUGUGGUGU